AUGGCGUCGAGUCAGUGGACGAGGUCGGAGGAUAAGAUGUUCGAGCAAGCUUUGGUGCUUUUCCCUGAAGGAUCGCCAAAUCGGUGGGAGCGAAUCGCCGAUCAGCUCCAGAAAUCUGCUGUUGAAGUUAGGGAUCAUUACGAGGCGUUGGUGCACGACGUCAUCGAGAUCGAUUCCGGCCGAGUCGAUGUCCCGGAGUACAUGGACGACUCGGCGGCGGGUUGGGACUCGGCUGGUCAGAUCUCGUUUGGGUCCAAACACGGCGAGAGCGAGCGGAAAAGAGGAACUCCUUGGACAGAAAACGAACACAAAUUGUUUCUGAUCGGAUUAAAGAGAUACGGUAAGGGAGAUUGGAGGAGCAUAUCGAGGAACGUGGUGGUGACGAGGACACCGACGCAAGUCGCGAGUCAUGCUCAGAAAUAUUUUCUUAGACAGAACUCGGUGAAGAAGGAGAGGAAAAGGUCGAGCAUCCAUGACAUAACUACGGUCGAUACUAAUUUGGCCAUGCCUGGUUCCAACAUGGACUGGUCUGGGCAGCACGGGAGCCCCGUUCAGGCUCAGCAGCAGCAGCAGCAACAGCUCAUGUCGGAGUUUGGUACUCCGGGUCAUUUUGAGGAUUUCGGUUUUCGGAUGUGA